AUGUCGCAGCGCACAUCGGCAGCCGUCGCCUUGGGUGGCUUGGCCGGCUUGGCGUACAUGAGCUCGGGCAGCCAGGGCCAGACAUUCGCAGCGGCGCCGGCCACCGCGAACCUUCGCCAGCAGCACACCGUCCAGACCGCUGCAGCCACGCCGCCUUCCUCGGCCUCCACGUCUCUGCCGGCAAUGAUGGCUGGCGGUGCGGUCCUCGCAGCUGCUGCUGCUUCUGGACGUGCUACCCGUGCGCAUGGCAGCGCGCCCCUCCCGACCAGCGUGAUGCCAGUGAGGACAACGGUCACAGCUCGCCAAGCCCUAGACCAGUCCAGCCGCUAUGCGGACUUGUCCUUGGAUGAGGCGACGCUCAUCAAGAACGGCAAGCACGUGCUGGUCGCGUACAUCAUGAAGCCGAAGGCAGGUUAUGAUUACCUGGCCACCGCCGCCCACUUCGCCGCCGAGUCUUCCACCGGCACCAACGUGAACGUGUGUACGACGGAUGACUUCACCAAGUCGGUGGAUGCCUUGGUCUACUACAUCGAUCCUGAUAGCGAGGAGAUGAAGAUCGCGUACCCCACCCUGCUGUUCGAUCGCAACAUCAUCGACGGCCGCGGCAUGAUGUGCUCCUUCUUGACCCUGGCUAUCGGCAACAACCAGGGUAUGGGCGAUGUCGAGUACGGCAAGAUCUACGACUUCUACCUGCCCCCGUCCUUCCUGCGCCUGUAUGAUGGGCCCGCCGUGAACGUGGAGGACAUGUGGCGCAUCUUGGGCAAGGGCACCAGCAACGGUGGUCUCGUGGUUGGAACCAUCAUCAAGCCCAAGCUCGGCCUGCAGCCCAAGCCUUUCGGCGAGGCCUGCUAUGCCUUCUGGCAGGGCGGAGAUUUCAUCAAAAAUGAUGAGCCGCAGGGCAACCAGGUGUUCUGUCAGAUGAACGAGUGCAUCCCUGAGGUCGUGAAGGCCAUGAGGGCCUGCAUCAAGGAGACCGGUGUUGGCAAGCUGUUCUCGGCCAACAUCACCGCGGAUGAUCCCAACGAGAUGAUUGCCCGCGGCAAGUACUGCCUGUCCCAGUUUGGCCCACUCUCGGAGAACUGCGCCUUCUUGGUGGAUGGAUACGUCGCAGGAGGCACCGCCGUGACCUGCGCCCGCCGCAACUUCCCCAAGCAGUUCUUGCACUACCACCGAGCCGGACACGGAUCCGUGACCAGCCCCCAGACCCAGCGCGGCUACACCGCCUUCGUGCACACGAAGAUCUCGCGAGUCAUCGGUGCGUCCGGCAUCCACACCGGCACCAUGAGCUUCGGCAAGAUGGAGGGCGAUGCCUCCGACAAGAACAUCGCCUUCAUGCUUCAGGACGAUGAGGCCGAUGGCCCCUACUACCACCAGGAGUGGGAGGGCAUGAAGCAGACCACUCCCAUCAUCUCCGGCGGUAUGAACGCCUUGCGUCUGCCAGCCUUCUUCGAGAACCUGGGCCACUCCAACGUGAUCCUGACUGCCGGUGGUGGCUCCUUCGGCCACAAGGACGGACCCAAGCCGGGUGCCAUCUCCUGCCGUCAGGGUGAGGAGGCCUGGAAGGCCUGGAAGGCCGGACAGUAUGGCAACAUCAGCCUGAGCGAUGGCGUCAUCGAGUUCGCCAAGACCCACGAGGAGAUCAAGGGCGCUUUCCUUACCUUCCAGAAGGAUGCCGACCAGAUCUACCCGGGUUGGAAGGAGAAGCUGGGCUACACCGGCGAGUCCUCCGUGCAGGCUGCCAGCUUCGACUGGGCCAAGAAGGCCUCCGCCGCGGCCUUCGUCGGCGCCAGCGUGGCCCCUGCCAAGAAGGAGAGCAACGUAUCGCUCAAGGCCCUGGACCAGUCCAGCCGCUACGCAGACCUGUCCCUGGACGAGGCCACCCUGGUCAAGAGACUCGGCUGCAGGUUGGAGUGGCUGGUGCUGAUCUCACAUGAGAGGAACGGCAAGCAUGUGCUCGUUGCCUACAUCAUGAAGCCGAAGGCAGGUUAUGAUUACCUGGCCACCGCCGCCCACUUCGCAGCUGAGUCUUCCACCGGCACAAACGUGAACGUGUGUACGACGGAUGACUUCACCAAGUCGGUGGAUGCCUUGGUCUACUACAUCGAUCCUGAUAGCGAGGAGAUGAAGAUCGCGUACCCCACCCUGCUGUUCGACCGCAACAUCAUCGACGGCCGCGGCAUGAUGUGCUCCUUCCUGACCCUGGCUAUCGGCAACAACCAGGGUAUGGGCGAUGUCGAGUACGGCAAGAUCUACGACUUCUACCUGCCCCCGUCCUUCCUGCGCCUGUAUGAUGGGCCCGCCGUGAACGUGGAGGACAUGUGGCGCAUCUUGGGCAAGGGCACCAGCAACGGUGGUCUCGUGGUUGGCACCAUCAUCAAGCCCAAGCUCGGCCUGCAGCCCAAGCCUUUCGGCGAGGCCUGCUACGCCUUCUGGCAGGGCGGAGAUUUCAUCAAAAAUGAUGAGCCGCAGGGCAACCAGGUGUUCUGUCAGAUGAACGAGUGCAUCCCCGAGGUCGUGAAGGCCAUGAGGGCCUGCAUCAAGGAGACCGGUGUUGGCAAGCUGUUCUCGGCCAACAUCACCGCGGAUGAUCCCAACGAAAUGAUCGCCCGCGGCAAGUACUGCCUGUCCCAGUUUGGCCCACUCUCGGAGAACUGCGCCUUCUUGGUGGAUGGAUAUGUCGCAGGGGGCACCGCCGUGACCUGCGCCCGCCGCAACUUCCCCAAGCAGUUCUUGCACUACCACCGAGCCGGACACGGAUCCGUGACCAGCCCCCAGACCCAGCGCGGCUACACCGCCUUCGUGCACACGAAGAUCUCGCGAGUCAUCGGUGCGUCCGGCAUCCACACCGGCACCAUGAGCUUCGGCAAGAUGGAGGGCGAUGCCUCCGACAAGAACAUCGCCUUCAUGCUUCAGGACGAUGAGGCCGAUGGCCCCUACUACCACCAGGAGUGGGAGGGCAUGAAGCAGACCACUCCCAUCAUCUCCGGCGGUAUGAACGCCCUGCGUCUGCCAGCCUUCUUCGAGAACCUGGGCCACUCCAACGUGAUCCUGACUGCCGGCGGUGGCUCCUUCGGCCACAAGGACGGGCCCAAGCCGGGUGCCAUCUCCUGCCGCCAGGGUGAGGAGGCCUGGAAGGCCUGGAAGGCCGGACAGUAUGGCAACAUCAGCCUGAGCGAUGGCGUCAUCGAGUUCGCCAAGACCCACGAGGAGAUCAAGGGCGCUUUCCUUACCUUCCAGAAGGAUGCCGACCAGAUCUACCCGGGCUGGAAGGAGAAGCUGGGCUACACCGGCGAGUCCUCCGUGCAGGCUGCCAGCUUCGACUGGGCCAAGAAGGCCUAA